UCAUAGAAUCAUAGAGUUGGAAGAGACCACAAGGGCCAUCCAGUCCAACCCCCUACCAAGCAGGAGUCUUUGUCCGACCCGAGCUCUGCAUCAGCAUCCAUCUGAACCUGAAUUUGGAAAAUUAAUUAAAAAUUAAUUGGAAAUAAAAGGAACCAUGGAGGAUUACCGUCUCGCAUGAUCCAUGAAUGUAAGGGUGGAAUGCAGCUGGCGGGCUUGGAGAAGUGUCAUGUGUGUUUUCCCAGGCUGAUAAGAAAGGGACAAAUACGGCAAAUCAAAGGGAGAAAUAAGCUUUAAUCAACAACGUAGGUUUUAUGCAGGUGAAAGAUGGAAGAGCAAGAGACGGGUGCUGCUGAAACAGGAAGAGGCACCGAUCCCAUCAAAAGCGAGAGCAGUGAGGGAUUCUGGGAAAGAAACGCACAGGGGAUCCUGGGUAAAGAGGACGCCCUCAGCUCAGAUGCACAGCGCCAGAGAUUCAGGCAUUUCUGCUACCAGGAGGCCGAAGGACCCAGAGAGGUUUGCAGCCGACUCCACCGCCUUUGCCGUCAGUGGCUGAAGCCGGAGCGACACACCAAGGCUCAGAUCCUGGACCUGGUGGUCCUGGAGCAGUUCCUGGCUGUCCUGCCCCCAGAGACAGAGAACUGGGUGAGGGAAUGCAGAGCAGAGACCAGUUCCCAGGCGGUGGCCCUGGCAGAAGGUUUCCUCCUGAGUCAGGCAGAGGACCAGAAGCAGGAAGAGCAGCAGGUAAAGGGUCUGCUUGUGGAAAUGAGAAGUGAUUUCCCUGACGCAGAGAGAUCUCGGUUGGAUGUCAGAGAGAAGCCACUGGGUGAUGGGAUGAUGCUGAGAAGAUCUACUCAGGCAUCUCUUCCUGGGGGAGGAGAAGGAGCUGCUGUAGCACCAGAUCAGGGUCCAAUAUCUUUUGAGGACGUGGCUGUGUGGUUCACCGAAGGGGAGUGGGCCUUGCUGGAUCCUGACCAGAGGGCUCUGCAUAACGAAGUCAUGGAGGAGAGUGUUGCGAUCCUGGCAUCUCUCGAAUGUGAUGAAUCGGAAAGGAAGAGUAAGGAAGAACUACAUGGAAAAGAGACCCAGGACCGAGACAGAUGCAGGAAGCGAGAAGAGCAAAGGAGCAAAAAUGAAGCAGAAAAGAAAAGGAAUAAGCUUCGAAAUGACAGUGGCUUUCAUGCAACCGAUGAUAGAAAGCAAUGUGGUAACUGCCUCGUUCAAUGGGAAGCUCUUGGUUCAAAACACCAGUGUAAAUCCUACUGCAAAAACUACAAAGGGGAGCAACCAUAUAAAUGCUCUGAGUGUGGAAAGGGUUUCAGAGACAGUUAUAGCCUUUCUUGCCACCAGAGAAUUCACACAGGAGAGAAACAAUAUAAAUGCCUAGAAUGCGGAAGGAGCUUCAGUAGCAAGCAAAGACUCGUUUAUCACCAAAGAAUUCACACAGGGGAGAAACCAUAUCAGUGUCUGGAAUGUGGAAAGGGCUUCAGAGAAAAAUUUACCCUUUCUUCUCAUCAGAUAAUUCACAAAGGGGGGAAACCAUAUAAAUGCUUGGAAUGCGGAAAGAGCUUCUCUCAGAAGUUACGUCUAACUAUUCACCAAAGAAUUCAUACAGGCGAGAAGCCGUAUCGGUGCUUGGAAUGUGGAAAGAGCUUCAGAGAAAAUUCUAGCCUAGCUUCUCAUCGGAGAAUUCACACAGAGGAAUACAAAUGCUUGGAAUGUGGAAAGAGCUUCAUUAGUAGUUCAAAACUUAUUCGGCAUCAAACCAUUCAUCCCGGAGAGAAAUCAUAUCAACAUUUGGAAUGUGGAAAGAGCUUCGUUAGUCGUUCAAAACUUACUCAUCAUCAGACAAUUCACACAGGGGAGAAACCAUAUAAAUGCUUGGAGUGUGGAAAGAGCUUCAGACACAAUUCUACCCUUUCUUCCCACAAAAGAAUUCAUACAGGGGAGAAACCAUAUAAAUGCUUAGAGUGUGGAAAGGGCUUUAGUCAGUCUUCCCCUCUCACUCGCCAUCAGAGAAUCCACACAGGGGAGACACCAUAUAAAUGUUUUGAGUGUGGAAAGAGCUUCAGUCGGAAGGUACAACUCUCUGUUCAUCAGAGAAUUCACACCGGGGAGAAGCCAUAUCAGUGCUUGAAAUGUGGAAAGAGCUUCAUAAACAAUUCUAGCCUUUCUUCUCAUCAAACAAUUCACACGGGCAAAAAGCCAUAUAAAUGUUUGGAAUGUGGAAAGAGCUUUACUUUAAAGAUGAAUCUCAAUACCCAUCAAAGAAUUCACACGGGGGAGAAGCCGUAUAAAUGCUUGCAGUGUGGGAAGAGCUUAAGCAGCAAGGACAGACUCGCUGACCAUCAAAGAACUCACACUGGUGAGAAACCCUUUAAAUGCUCGGAGUGUGGGAAAAGCUUCGCUGCGAAGAUAAAUCUCACUACCCACAAAAGAAUUCACACGGGGGAGAAACCCCAUAAAUGCUUGCAGUGUGGGAAGAGCUUCAGUCAGAGCCACCAUCUCACUUACCAUCGCAGAAUUCACACUGGGGAGAAACCGUAUAAAUGCUUAGAGUGUGGAAAGAGCUUCAGGAACCGCACUAGUGUAAUUUACCACCAGAAAGCACACACUGCAGAGACACAACAUAAAUGCUUGGAAUGUGGAAAGUGCCUCAGUCAGGAAGCAGAUCUCGUUGCUCAUCAAAAAAUGCACACCCGGGAGAAACCAUUUGUAUGCUUGGAAUGUGGGAAAAGCUACACUCUGAAGAACUGUCUCAGCAGACACCAAAGAAUUCAUACAGGAGACAAACAGUAUAAAUGUUCUGAGUGCGGAAAAAGCUUCACUGAGAAGUCAACUCUCACAACACAUCAACGUGUUCAUACGGGAGAGAAACCCUAUAAAUGCCUGGAGUGUGGAAAGGGCUUCACUCAGAGCUCCCAUCGCAAUCUUCAUCAGAGAACUCACACAUCGAUGGGCAGUGUAUGGGAGCAGCUUUCUUCAGAUCUCCAGCCUUUAUUCCCACCAAAAAAUCCAUACAGCGGAGAACCCAUAUGAAGACUUGGAAAAUUAAAGGAGAUUUAGGAGCAGUUCCUAGCUGUCUUUCCACAAUAAGAAACCAUAUAAAUGCUUGUAAUGCAUAUGGACAGGGCUUGUGCCCAAGACACUUUGUGGAGGAAUUUUUAAAAACACUGCUUGGAAGAAGCUUCUGAAGAAGCAGGAACUUCCAUUGUCAUCAAAUAAUUCACAGUGGCCUGUUGUCUUUGUCCAUGGAGUUUUCUUGGCAGGGAUACUGGAGCGGCUUGCCAGUUCCUGCUCCAGGUGGAUCACGUUUAGUCAAAACUCUCCACUGCAGAUGGUGACAGCAGUCACAAAAUUAAGGCGCCUGCUUCUUGGGAGAAAAGCGAUGACAAACCUAGACAGCAUCUUAAAAAGCAGAGACAUCACCUUGCCGACAAAGGUCUGUAUGGUUCAAGCUAUGGUUUUCCCAGUAGUGAUGUAUGGAAGUGAGAGCUGGGCCAUAAAGAAGGCUGAUCACCGAAGAAUUUAUGCUUUUGAAUUAUGGUGCUGGAGGAGACUCUUGAGAGUCCCAUGGACUGCAAGAAGAUCAAACCUAUCCAUUCUUAAGGAAAUCAGCCCUGAGUGCUCCCUGGAAGGACAGAUCGUGAAGCUGAGGCUCCAAUACUUUGGCCACCUCAUGAGAAGAGAAGACUCCCUGGAAAAGACCCUGAUGUUGGGAAAGAUUGAGGGCACUAGGAGAAGGGGACGACAGAGGAUGAGAUGGUUGGACAGUGUUGAAGCUACGAACAUGUGUCUGACCAAACUGCGGGAGGCAGUGGAAGACGGGAGUGCCUGGCGUGCUCUGCUCCAUGGGGUCAUGAAGAGUCGUACACGACUAAACAACUAAACAACAACAAAUUCACAAUGGUGAUUUGGGGGGGGGGGCUCAUAUCAAUGCUUGGAGUGCAGGAAAAUCUUGAAUAAGAAAAUGCAGCUCCCAUCUCAUUGAAGAGUAACUUCUCACAGAGGAGAAUAAGUAAAGAAUACAAAAGUUAGUAGCCUCCUCCAGACUUGUUUACAGAGAAUUCAUCUCCCUCCCUUGACCAAUUUACUCUGAAGUGCUCAUCUUUUCUCUUAUCUUUUCAUGCCCUCCAUUGUCCUGUGCGCACAAAAAUGGUUACCAGGUUAACCCUGUUCUCCAAGUUAGCAUUUUUGCCCAUGCGCCAAAUCAUGGGCUGUGUUUGAGCUUCAUUCAGUCAAGAUACUGUUACUUUGUGUUUUGCCAUUUUUAUAAACUAUUCCAGUGAUUUUCUGCAGUGAGGUUUUAAUGCAGGCAUAGGCAAACUCGGCCCUCCAGUUGUUUGGGACUACCAUUCCCAUCAUCCCUAGCUAACAGGUCCAGUGGUCAGGGAUGAUGGGAAUUGUAGUCCCAAACAUCUGGAGGGCCGGAGUUUUCCCGUGCCUGUUUUAAUGCUUAAGGAUCACCAUAUUGUGCCUCUUUAUAUUAUAUAAAAGCAAGCAGGUGUUUGUGUGAAACGGGUUUGAUGGCUCCAUAUGCCACGGUGGUACAAGACAGGAUGAAGAAGCAAGACAGCUCUGUACUGGGACUCUCAUGCCUUGUUUAAACAUGCCAGAAGCCCAUUGAUUUAGGGAGUACCAAGUGUGGGUCGGCUCCUUGGACUGUAAAGCCAAAUUUUUGACUUUGCACAUCAAGGAAAUAGAUGGAAACCUGAAGAGAUUCUAAAUAGCGGCAAAUUUGAUGGAUCUAACUUGACUCAGUGUUUCCCGGUUACUCCGCAUUUUAUGAUUAUAUGAUCAUCAAUGUUUUAAGUGUGUACUGCCAUAAAUAUUCUGAAAACUUACAAGCUUCAGGGCUUGGGAGAAAUAAAUGGUUUAGCUGUGUUCUAAGUGGUUUGGAAGUGCAAUUGUACUCGAUGACAUUGAGAUUUUGAUCCUGCGUAUUUUCAAUGAGUUGAUAACCUGCCCCUGUUAUCCAUUGAUGGGAAAAACCAAGAUUUGUUUGUAGGUCGGGGGGGGGGAGCUUUUGGGGAAAAGAAUAGUAUUACAGAAUUUGAGGAUUAGUCUCAAUGUCAUCUGUGUGUCCAUGUAUCCAUCUUGACCUGCCAUAGACUCCUAGUUCUGCUGUUUCUGUCUUCUUAAUAUAUAU